CCCGCCUGUGGAAGACGCUGAGCUUCGUCGUGGCGCUGCCCGCGGUCGGUGUCUGUAUGCUGAACUGCUACCUGAAGGCGCAGCACAAGCACGAGCGGCCCGAGUUCAUCCGCUACGCUCAUCUCCGCAUCCGCACCAAGCCUUUUCCCUGGGGUGAUGGGAACAAAACUCUAUUCCAUAACCCUCAUACAAAUGCUCUCCCAACCGGUUAUGAAGAUGAAAACUAAAAUCUCAACCACAACUUUGGCUCUUCUUGUGUUUGGACCAGGCUGUUCUGUGGGAACCAUCACUUAAGAAGAUCUGCAUUCCUUCUACAGUCACACUGAAUGGUGGUCUGGUCUCCACCAGUACUUCUGUAGAAGUCCUUUAAAUAAACAGUUCCAAGCCUGAA